AGGAUUAUUUUAAACGCAAGUCUUAUUUCAGAAUUGACUAAACAGACGAGAGUCUGGCUUCCAGAAUGGUAUGUGCGUUGCUCAGAUUCCUUUCGCAUUCUCCUGCUAUGCGAGAGGCGGCAGCAAUAGGUCGACGGGACCUAGAGGAUUUUUUUGUUUGCUUUAGUGUUACUGCUAUGACAGCUGGGAUCGGCUCCACCCAUUAACUUGGACCACGCGGCCACUCGCACUCGGUUUGUUGUGUUAGUAGAAAAGGAGACAGAGACGGUGUUACGGAUGAUGCCUGAUGAGAGAAUCUAACCUACUUCAGUAAAUGGAACUUCAUGUGAUACAGGACAUUUCAUACGGAGACGAAUGGACUGAUCAACGCCUGUAGUUUAGUAAAUCUCCCAAAAGUGCGGCGGGGAAGACGACUACCCGAGGAUGGGAAGGAGAGAAAUCCACGACAACAGCACCAUGAGCACAAGCGAACGGACUGAGCUGGGAAGCCUGCAGGGCAUUGCUUACUCGGACGAUGGCUCGAGCCUGGAGAGGAUCGUGAGCAUAGAUAAGCGGCUAGACGCGGAUAGGAAAAGCUCGCCCCAACCUGUAGGAACGCUGUCAGUUGUGAAAAAGCACCAGCACAAACACAAUCUGAAACACAGGUAUGAUGUUCUGGAAACCCUGGGCAAGGGGACCUACGGCAAGGUGAAGAAAGCGGUGGAGCGACGGAGUGGAAAGACCGUGGCGAUCAAGUCAAUCCGAAAGGAGCAUAUCACUGAUGACCUGGACAGAGUGCACAUCCAGAGAGAGAUUGAGAUCACCUCAUCUCUCAAACACCCCAACAUCAUUCGCAUCCACGAGGUGUUUGAGAGCAAGGAUAAGAUUGUGAUAGUGAUGGAUUACGCCAGUCAAGGAGAGCUGUACGACUAUGUCAACGAGAGACGGCGGCUGCCGGAGAGUGAGGCGCGUGACAUCUUCCGUCAGAUCGUCUCUGCUGUUCACUACUGCCACAAGAAUGGCGUGGUCCAUCGAGACCUCAAAUUGGAGAACAUCCUACUGGACCAAGACUUCAAUGUCAAGCUAGCAGACUUUGGACUGUCCAACUACUACCAGAGGGGCCACCUUCUGCAGACCUACUGUGGAAGUCCACUGUAUGCAUCUCCAGAGAUAGUCAAGGGGCUGCCCUACCAGGGCCCAGAGGUAGACUGCUGGGCCCUGGGCGUGCUGCUGUAUGCGCUGCUGUAUGGGAGCAUGCCCUUUGAUGGAGCCGACUAUAAGAUGCUGACACAGCAGAUCAGCCGUGGCCAAUACAGAAGGCCUCACCCCCCCUCAGAUGCCUGCGCUCUGAUUGACUGGAUGUUGACGGUAGAGGUGGAGGAGCGUGCCACAGUGGAGGACAUCGCCAACCACUGGUGGGUGAACUGGGGCUUCGAGGAGCCAGUGUGCGACUGCCAGUGCAGUCAGGAGUGCCCCUCCCCCCUGCUGGCCCGCUAUAUCGACUGGCAGAACCGGGCACCGUGUGAACGCCGCUCCGUCUGCCCGCCCCCCGACCUGCAGUACUACUUCAGCCUGCCCCUGAAGCCUCCGGCGGGCAGGCAGCGUGGCUCCGCCUGCCUGAAGAAGUCCCGCAAAGAGAACGCCAUCUCCCCGCCCGCCUACUCCGCUGGCACCGUGCGCAUCCCCACCGGCACCGCUGACAAGAAGAAGCCCAAGGGCAUCCUCAAAACACAAAGCAGCUUCGACACCGCCUUCCUGUCCCGCUGCACCGCGGGAGAGAGCCUCCCUCAGCCUGCCGACAGUUCACACACCCUUCCCGCCUGCUGCCAGCUGUCCUCCAAAAACCCAAAGAAAGGCAUCCUGAAGAAGCUGUACAAGGGGGAGUCGGGGUACUCGUCCUCCCCGGAGUGGGGCGACGCGGCGGAGCGUGUGGCCGGCAGCGGUGGGAGCAGGGACUGCUCCAGCAGGCCAGCCAGGGAGGAGGGCCCCACGCAGGCGGAGGUGGUGAGGAGGAGGAAGGGCAUCCUCAAGAGAAACGGCAAGUUCUCUGCCAGUCUCGACCUCCCGGAUGAGCAGGCUACCCUUCUCCGGUUCCCAGAGUCCCUGCAGCAACUCCUCCUGACCACUGGGGGCACUGUAACGACAGCCCAGCUGCAGGGUGAGGUGCAACAGCUGCCGCAGCAGGGCGUUCUCAUGUCUAGCCGGCCAGCCAGUGUCAUUAGUGAUGACAGCUUCCUCUCCUGCGACUCUUUUGACCUUCUGGACAUGGCUGCCCAUUCCCACAGAAAGCUCUUCUCUAGGGGUGGCCAGCGCAGUGUUUACAGCUCAGAGGACGAACUGGAGGACCAGGGCAAGGGUGUGCGGAGGGGAAAGGGCAGGCAGGAGGAACAGGAGGAGGACUCACUUGAGCAAAGACAGGAAGUCUUUAGACAGGCCAAAGAGAUCUCUCAACAGUUAUAGUAGAAAAUCCAUCUGUAGAAAUUCCAUCAGUAGAAACUCUUAGAACCAUGUGUAUUGAUACAGUAUUAGCCAUUGUCAGGAGGAACACACCACAUUAUAGUUACAGUAUAUAUUUCUUUUCCUGGGCACCUGUGGGGAUAUGAUCCUAAGCACUGAACAUGGAGAGAAAGGCAUUCUCUUCUUCACCCUAGAUGUGUUGUGAAAUCAGGCCAUCUCAGGUGGCAUACCCAGCUAAAGCACUCGCCUUUAGCGCAGUAUUACACUCCAGCGUGUGGAGAUGGAUCGUGACCAUGCCAGUACACUCAGGGGACUGCCCCAAUAGGCCAGUAGGGGGUCCCUCCACUCAUCACUCAAGAGCAGCCAGUCAGUCAGGUGUCUGCAGUCUGCCAGCUGUGCGUGAAGUGUGCUUGUGCAACACAAUGACUGCUCAGCUUGCAUCUCGCAGACUGCAGAGUGGAAAGAAGUGGACAGUCUGCAUUCCUCAGAAUUUAUGGUGGAGGAAUUCCUCAGAAUUUUCUGGAAUAAGACAUGCCUAAUAUAAGACUGGGAAUUCAAAUUUAGGAGAAAAAUAUGGAAUACAAAGUACAUACAGUACUACAUAAAUCUAAAACAACUCAUGCAAAAUAACCUCAUAAUAUUUAACAAGAAAGAAAUAAGACAUUGCCUGCAAUGUGAAAACUGCCUUUAGUCACAGACCAGGGGGUCUGAUAACCGAUCACUGGGUGAUGUGGCUUAAGGAGGCAGGCAGAACAGAAACAGUAUGCUGUGUUUUGACGAUGGGUCAACCUCAGAUUUGACCUCAUCUAAAUGUAUUUGCUGCUGUGGUAACUUACUGAAAGUGUAACAAGAAUGGAUGACUGUAGUAAUUGGACUAUUUACAUGUAUGUAUUUAUUUUUUUAUUGAAUAGAAAUUGUUUUUCUUUUGUUUUUGUAACUCAAUGAAAUAAAAUAAAAAUAAACCAAA